UGAAAAAUCACAUGGUUAUUCAUUCUGAAGUAUAUCCUUGUAAAUGUGAAAUAUGUAAUAAAGCAUUCAAAACAUCGAGUAAUUUAAAACGUCAUAUGCGAACACAUACUGGAGAAAGACCUUAUAAAUGUGAAACAUGCGAUAAAACAUUCACACAAAUAGGUAGUUUGAAAACACACAUGCUUAUUCAUUCCACAGAGCAUCACAGUGAAAUAUGUAAUAAUGGAUUCCAAACAUCAACUAGUUUGGAAUUACAUAUGCAAACACAUACCGGAGAAAGACCCUAUAAAUGCCGAAUGUGCAACAAAACAUUCACACAAUCAAGUAAUUUAAGAACGCACAUGAUUAUUCAUUCUGAAGAGCGUCCAUUCAAGUGUGAAAUAUGCAAUAAAGCAUCCCGUACAUCACAUAAUUUAAAACUUCAUAUGAAAAUUCAUACUGGAGAAAAGUCUUAUAAAUGUGAAAUAUGCAAUAAGACAUUCACACAAUCAGGUAAUCUGAAGGCGCACAUGCUUAUUCAUUCUGGGGAGCGUCCACAUAAAUGUGAAUUAUGUGAAAAAUCAUUCACACAAUUGAUUUCUUUGAAAACACACAAGCAGCGCAUUCAUAGCUGA